CGACUUUUCCACGAUUGCUAUUUGGUUCGCAUUCGGAGAGCGGGAAGUGCGAAAACUCGAACGAGAGCGAGAGCGAGAGCUCGGAGUCAUGGCGAGCGCCGGCGAGGUCGAGGGCAGGUCACCGGCGGAGAAGGGCGUGCAGGACUCUGAUGUCGUCACCGUCGAGCUCCCGGCCCCUGAUGGCUGGAAGAAAAAGUUUACUCCAAAGAAAGCUGGUGGUGCCAGAAAGCCUGAGAUAGUUUUUGUAGCUCCAACAGGCGAGGAAAUCAAGAGCAAGAGACAACUUGAUCAGUACUUGCGUUCAAAUCCUGGAGGUCCCCCUUCAUCUGAAUUUGACUGGGGAACAGGUGACACUCCAAGACGCUCUGCAAGGAUUAGUGAGAAAGCAAAGGCAACAGAGAGCCCAGAAGCUGAGCGACCAAAGAAACGUGAGAGGAAAUCAAGCUCGAAGAAAGGAAACAAGGAGGACAAGGAUGGCGUGGAUAAAGAGGAUGAAGCUGCUACUAAAGCUCCUCCUGCACAGGAGGAUGGAGAAAAAGUGAAUGAAGCUGCUACUGAAGAGAAAGCGGCUGCAGAUGAAGCUGCUACUAAAGCUCCUCCUGCACAGGAGGAUGGAGAAAAAGUGAAUGAAGCUGCUACUGAAGAGAAAGCGGCUGCAGAUGAUGCUGAGGCGAAGGAAGAUAAAAAUCCAACAGAUUCUGAGAUGAAGGAUUCUGAGAAACCAGUCAAAGAUGAUAAGGAAGAAACCAGUGAUAUAAAAGAUAAUGAUGCUACUGGUUCAGAUCCAGCAGAUAAAACCGAGGUAAAUGUCCAAGAUAAAGCAGCAGCAGUUGAGGUACCGCAACAGACAACGGAAAAAGAAAAGUCAGAAAAAGGAAUUCCAGCAGCGGAGGCUGAUGCCAAAGAAAACAAGUCGGCAGAUCAGGAAGCCAAGGAUUUGCCCGAGGGUGGUGAUAAUAAGAAUGAUCAGUAGGGUGCAGUUAUCAAGGAAGCUCAAGAACAUGCACAGGAGCAUUCAUGAGAACUGAACCUUGUAGGUGAUGGCGAUGGAUGCGAGAUUGAGGGGGGUAUUAGGUCCAUACACUGUAUAUCUUUUAUAAUGGCUGAUUGAUCUGAUCUCUCUGUAGGUGACUGAUGUAUCCAUCGCCCAUUGUCAUUUAAUCUGCAAAUGAAUAUGUCUUGAUACUACCCUUCCUUUACUUUCUAACAUCAUGUAAGCUCAGUUGUCAAGGUUAUCUGACAUGUUUAUGUAUUAUUGUGUUGUAUCAUCAAAUACCAUAUGUUUUGGUCGUUUCCAUUUAA